AUGUCAGAACCCAUUGCUAUUAUUGGCAUGGCUUGCCGGUUCGCCGGCGGCGUGGAUACGCCAGAAGCAUUAUGGAGGAUGUGUGCUGAAGGGCGGAGCGCGUGGAGCGAAAUUCCGCCGUCCAGGUUCAACGCUGCGGCGGCGUACCACCCAAAUCCCCAGAAGGUUAACACGCACAAUGCUCGUGGGGCUCAUUUCCUGUCUGAGGAUCCUGCUCUUUUCGAUGCCAACUUCUUCAACCUGACGUCUGAGAUGGCAGUGGCCAUUGAUCCUCAGAUCCGACUGCAGCUUGAGUCCGUAUUCGAGGCACUCGAGAGCGCUGGUCUCAGGCUUGGAGACGUUGCCGGGUCCAACACAUCGGUGUUUGCCGGUGUAUUCUUCCACGACUACGCCGAGAGCCACCUGCGCGACCCAGAGAGCCUCCCUCGGUACUCUGCCCUCGGCUCGAGCUCUGCUCUGGCAGCAAACCGCGUCUCCCACUUCUUUGACCUCCGGGGUCCGAGCAUGACCAUAGACACGGCGUGCUCGACCACCCUCAUAGCACUGCACCAGGCAUGCCAGAGCCUGCGGACGGGAGAAUCUGACAUGGCCGUGGUGGGGGGGUCGAACCUGAUCCUGGAUCCUGGCGCAUUCAUUGUCCUCUCUUCUUUGACCCUCCUGUCACCUGAUGGCAAGUCUCACGCUUUUGAUAGCCGGGCUAACGGAUACGGCCGCGGCGAGGGCUCGGCGACGGUGCUGCUGAAGAGGCUAAGCGACGCUCUGCGUGAUGGUGAUCCAGUGCGCGGCGUCAUCCGUGGGACGGCGGCCAACUGCGACGGGCGGACAGGAACCAUCACGACACCCAGCGGCGAGGCGCAGGAGGCGCUGGUCCGAGAGUGCUACCGCCGGGCAGGGCUCGACCCCUUGGGAACCACCUAUUUCGAGGCCCACGGGACCGGGACGCCGGUUGGCGACCCCAUCGAGGUUAGUUCCAUCGCUGCCGUGUUCCAGGAGACCGGCCGUCGGGCAGGCGGUGGUGUGCCCCUGCGCAUCGGCUCGGUCAAGACCAACAUCGGCCAUACAGAGACGUGCAGCGGCCUGGCGAGCGUCAUCAAGGUCUCCCUGGCCCUGGAGAAGGGGAUGAUUCCCCCUAGUAUCAACUAUGACAGCGUGAACCCGGCCAUCAACCUCGAGGCGUGGCAUCUCAAGGUUCUAACAGCGCUGGAGCCCUGGCCUGAGGUCGACGGUGUCCGCCGGGCCUCGAUCAAUAGUUUUGGGUACGGCGGCGCCAACGCACAUGCCAUCCUGGAGAGCUACUCUUCCUUCUCGGCCUCGACGGGUGUUGGGCCCUUGGUUGAGCAGCCUGUGACAACAACAUCAAUAAAAGCAACAAGAACGAGAAGACCACGCGUCUUUGUGCUCAGCGCCAGGGACGAAGAGGCCACCGAGGCGGCGGUCGCCAACCUGAAGAGGUACCUCACCGACGCGGCUGAGGGAUGCUGCGGGGAGGACCGAGAACAGCAGCUGCUAGAUGACCUCGCCCUGACCCUUGGCCAGUGCCGGAGCAGAUUCCCCUGCGUCUCUGCCACGCCGGCCCACGAUAUCGCAGGUCUCACGGCGGCACUCGGUUCGGCAGGGAUGAAGGCGACCAGGCCGCAAGCUGAGAGGCCGAGGCUGGGCUUCGUCUUCACGGGUCAGGGUGCCCAGUGGUGGGCCAUGGGCAGAGAGCUGAUUGGCAUCUACCCGGUCUUCAGGGACUCCCUGGCCGAGUCUGAAGGCAUGUUGCAACGCUUUGGGUGGAGCUGGUCCCUCAUGGGCAACGAGCUGACAUGUCCUACAGACGAGCUGACGAGCACUGCCGAGGCGUCCAGGCUGGACAGCCCGGAUGUGAGCAUGCCGGCGUGCGUGGCGCUCCAGAUCGCGCUGGUGGAGCUGCUCUCGGCCUGGGGCAUCGAGCCCUCGGCCAUCACCAGCCACAGCAGCGGCGAGAUCGCCUCGGCGUUUUCAGCAGGCGUCCUGAGCAAGAGGAGUGCUAUCGGGAUCGCGUAUGCGCGGGGCCAGCUCGUGCCAGAGUCCGAAGGAGGUAUGAUUGCGGUCGGGCUCGGUCACGAGGCAUGCAGCGAUUACAUCGCCAGGGUGUCGUCGAGGGGAAAGCUGGUCGUGGCGUGCAUCAACAGCCCGACGAGCACGACCCUCUCUGGUGACGUACCGGCCGUCGUCGAGGUCCAGCGUCUGCUCGAGGCUGACGGGGUGUUUUCCAGGCGGCUGCGGGUGCGCACAGCCUACCACUCCCACCACAUCUCGCCCCUCACCUCGGCAGCGUACCAGAGGUGGAUCAGCGACAACGUCGAUCUCAGCGUGCCAGCGCAUCUCGGUGGAGAGACAACCACUCUGCCCCUAAUCUUUGCCUCGCCCACGGUUGGCCGGCGCAUCACAUCGGCCGGGGAGCUGCUGGAUGCCGGCCACUGGUCCAGGAGCCUGUCAGAUCCCGUUCAGUUCGUGGGUGCGCUGUCUGCCCUGUGCAGGCCUGAUGACGUGCAGCCCUCUUCUUCGUCGCCAUCAUCAUCAUCAUCAUCAUCAUCAUCAUCAUCGUCUCCGCUGGCUGUUGACUUUAUUAUCGAGAUCGGCCCUCACUCGUCCCUGGGAGGGCCGAUCCGGGAGAUCACAUCAUGGCUCCUCGCCGGCUCUGCUCUUGACAACAAGAACAAUCAAAAUACAGCAGGACAACAACAUAGACCUGGAUACGGCUCGUGUCUUGUCCGUGGCGUGGAUGCGACGGCCACCAUGCACGACCUUGUGUGCCAGCUGCUCAGGCACGGCUGCGACGUCGACUUGGCCGCCAUCAACUUUCCUCACAGCAUGGGCCGCGGUGCAGCACGGGUCCUCACAGACCUGCCUCAUUAUCCCUGGAACCACCAGGUGCGCUACUGGUACGAACCCCGCCAGAGCAGAGCCUACAAGCGGCGGAGGGAGGCCCCUCAUGACCUUGUGGGCUCUCUCGACCCGGCGUGCAACCCAAGCAGGCCUGUCUGGCGCAACAUAAUAAGGGAGGCAGACGUACCAUGGGUGAGAGACCACACGAUCCAGUCCAACAUGGUGUAUCCUGGUGCCGGCAUGCUGUGCAUGGUGAUCGAGGCAGCCGUACAGGCAUACGGCGGCACAAGGCAAGAUGCCAUCGAGGGCAUACACCUCCGUGAUGUCGAGAUCCCACAGGCGCUCUUCAUUCCCGACACACCGACGGGCAUCGAGGUGACGGUGGAGUUCCGUCUGUGCAGCGACAAGGCCAUCUAUUCCAGCGGCUGGGCCGAAUUCGUUAUCCAGUCGGUCACGGCUGACAACGUCUGGACAGAAGUCUGCCACGGCCUCGUCAGGGUGAUUCAACAACCGCCCUGGGCAGCUGCUGGUGAUGUCCUUAGGGGCCAACCCGAGAACCACGAGGCGUACCACGUCAGGAUCUUUCCAGAGGACGUGUACAACAACCUGCGGACUCUGGGCAUCUUCCACGGGCCCAGCUUCCAGAACCUCAGGUCCAUCCGGGCGCGGUCCCUCGCGUCUGUGUCCACCCUGACCAUCCCUGACAUGGCAUCCGUCAUGCCCCAAGGCCACCAGCACAGGCACGUCAUCCACCCGGCGACCCUGGACACGGUGAUCCAGAGCACCUACUGUGCGCUUCCCGAGUCCCAGGCCGGCGGCCUCGAGCAGGCCCUCGUGCCCACAUCGGUCAGGUCCCUGUGGGUCAGGUGCGGCCUCGCAAGCCGCCCAGGACACGCCUUUGAUUCCUAUGCUUCCGUCUCGCACAGGACGGCGGACCACGUCCAGUUCUCAGUCGCUGUCCUCGACCAGGCCACCAGAGAACCCGUGGUAGGCAUCGAGGGGCUCACCAUGCAGUCGCUUGGGGGCACGUUUGCGCAUGACUUGACCGGGCUGGGCGCAUACAGGGACGACAAGGUGUCGCUGGCCUUGUGGGUGCCAGAUAUCACCUCUGCACCGCUCUGCAGCGGCCUGGAGCACGAGCUCGAGCACACCAUGCCCGAGGGGGAGGCAGAGGCCAUGGUGAGCCUGCGUCGUGUCUGCGUAUACUUUGUCCGCCAAGCCCUGCGCUCCCUGGCCGACGCAGAGGUGGCUAGUCUCGAGCGGCGUUUCCAGCGGUACCACAGCUGGAUGAGGACCCUGGACGGGCUUGCUCGGGAUGACAAGCUCGCUCCAGACAGCUCAGCAUGGGCCCAGGAUGAUCAUGAUCCCAGGUCUGUCAGACGGCUCCUGGCCCGGGUUAAGGCUUCGAGUGUCAACGGCGAGAUGGUGUGCCGGCUGGGGCCUUCGAUUGCCUCCAUCUUGCGGCGCCACAAGACCCCAGAGCAGCUCAUGCUGGCAGAUGCCCUUCUCAGCCGCUACCGCGCCGACGCCGUCAAGGCCCACCGCUCCCGUGAGGCGCUCGCCGCCCUGGUGAGCCAUACGGUGCGCAGGUUCCCGAGGGCGAGGAUACUAGAUAUCGGGAGCCAAGGGCUGCUGCAACAGGACCGAGGCGCUCUCAGCCGUCAGGUGCUCGGCGUGAUCGGGUCUGACAGCUCUGGAUGGGGCCCUCUUGCCGCGUGCUAUGACGUGGGGCUCUCGAGUGAGGACAUGGAGUCGUCUUCCCAGCUGGACGCGCUCAGGAGCCAGCUAGGGCCAUGGAGUAGCCUGGUUCAGUACAGACAGCUCGACCUGGGGCGGGAUACAACAGAGCACGAGGACCACCCCGAGGCGGCGUCCUACGACCUGGUGGUGGCAUCUCACGUUCUGCGAGGCUCUAGAAACCUUGGAGCCGUCCUGAGGACGGUUCGGCGGCUGCUGAGGCCGAGAGGUAUGGUUUUCUUUCUUGAGGCCGCGCGGGACCAGGUUGACACGUCCUUUGUGUGGGGGCUGUCGCAGGACGAGUGGUGGCGAGUCGAUACCACAGACGCCCAUCCCGACGUCUCUUUGCUCACAAGGUCCGCGUGGGACCACAUCCUUCAGGACGCCGGCUUCAGCGGAGCCGACCUGGAAGUCCGUGACUGCGUGGAGGAGGAGUUUUGCGCAUAUAGCACCAUAGUGACAACUGUCACGGCCCCAGCCAUGCUAAUAGUGACGGCUGAUGACGCAGAGCUGAACCCUCCUGAGAGCUGGAUGCACGCUCUCGUCGCCGAGGUGGCCUGCAGCACACGCAGGGCGCCUACCACCGCGGGUCUGACUACGGCCGACCCGCAGGACAAGCUGUGUGUGUAUGUUGGCGACCUGGCCGGCCGGUCCGUGCUCGAGGCGCCCACCGGUCCGGAGCUGGAUGCCAUCAGGCGCCUCUGUGCCCUCUCCAGGGGUCUGGUCUGGGUGACCAGGGGAGCGUGCAUGGGGUCUGAGCUGCUGGGCGGCGCCUCCAUGGUAACGGGGCUGCUGCGGUCUGCGAGGAUGGAAUACGGCGCCAAGGGUCUCUUCAGCCUGGACCUGGACCCAAGCACCGCCGAGACGUGGCUGCAGAGCACGGCCCAGCUCCUCUGCCAGUUCCUUACGGCUACGCUGGUCGCGACGGAACCAACAGCCACGAUGACGACGACGACGACGACGACGACGACGGGCGAGGGGCAAGGCCGAGAUUUUGAGUUUUGCGAACGACAUGGCGUGAUUCAUGUCUUGCGCUAUCUCAAGGACAUCGAUAAGAACCACUUUCUCUCCUCCUCCUCCUCCUCCUCCUCCUCCUCCUCCUCCUCCUCCUCCUCCUCAUCAUCAUCAUUAAUACAAAGGCCGAACGGGGAGCCCUUUCGUCAGCGAGGUCGCGUGCUGCGCCUUCAUGUCGGUGUGCCUGGCCUCCUAGACACCAUGUCGUUCAGGGACGAUGUCGACUUCGACUUCAACUCUGGCCAGGACGACGGUGGCGGCAGCAUGGAUCCCGACCACCUUGAGGUCGAGCCGCACGCCUUUGGGGUCAACUUCCGCGACGUCAUGGUGGCCAUGGGCCAGCUAGGCGCUUACACCGCCAUGGGCUUCGAGUGCGCCGGUGUGGUCACCAGGGUUGGCGUCCGUGCUGCCUCAGAGGGCGGCUUUGCGCCUGGGGACCGCGUCGCGACGCUCCUGGUGGGGUGCAGCUACGCCAGCCGCGUGCGCACCUCUUACACCAACGCCGCGCACAUUCCCGACCACCUCAGCUUCACUACGGCCGCCUCAUUCCCCGUCGUCUUCUGCACUGCUAUCAUCGCCCUGGUCGACAAGGCGGGCCUGCAGAGGGGCGAGCGUGUUCUUAUUCAUGCUGCAGCAGGCGGCGUUGGCCAGGCUGCCAUCAUUCUGGCCAGGUCUCUCGGCGCUGACAUCUUUGCCACAGUUGGCACGUCUGAGAAGAGAGCUCUGCUAGUCGAGCGAUAUGGGAUCCCCGACGACCAUAUCUUCUCCAGUCGUGACACCUCGUUUGGGCCUGGCAUCCAGACUGCUACCCAAGGCCAGGGCGUGGAUGUGGUCCUGAACUCGCUCUCGGGCCUGCUCCUUCACGAGAGCCUCGGCUGUCUGAGCCGCUUUGGCCGUUUUAUUGAGAUCGGCAAGCGUGAUCUGGUGCGCAACAGCAGCAUCGAGCUGGCUGCCUUUGAUCGCUGCAUCACCUUCCUCCACAUCGACGUACUCCAGCUCUGCCUAUUCCAGGGCGCCACCGUGCGCCGCACCAUGCAGACCGUCAUGCAGCUCUUCUGUGACGGCCACAUGUCGGCACUGGCUCCUCCGAUCGUCUACGCUCUAGCUGACCUCGACAAGGCGUUUCGCCUCAUGCAGGCCGGUAAGCACACCGGAAAGAUCGUUGCCUCAGUGAGGAACGACGAACAUGUCAUGGUUCAGCCUCGUGCGCCGGCCGCUGUCAGGCUUCGCCCGGAUGCCACCUAUCUGGUCGUCGGCGGCCUGGGAGGGAUUGGGCGGUCCGUCUGCAGGUGGAUGGCCCAGCACGGCGCCAGGAACAUUCUCAUCCUGUCUCGAAAUGCCGGCACAGUUCAUGCGAGAGUGGCAGCUCUCGAGGACGAGAUAGCUGCCCUAGGGGCCAAGGUGAGGGCGUGCAGCUGCGAUGUUGCUGACGCGCGGGAGCUGGACGAGGUGCUGCGCUGCAGGCGAGAGGAUAUGCCCCCGAUUCGUGGGCUUGUGCAUGGUGCCAUGGUACUCCGGGACACCCUCUUGGACCGGAUGACCCUGGAAGACUACCAGGUGGUGACGGCACCCAAGGUGCGAGGCAGUCUGAACCUGCACCGUGCAUUCGAGACUCCUGGAAGUCUUGACUUCUUUAUCCUGCUCUCCUCAGGCGCCGCCGUCGUGGGAAACCUCGGCCAAGCACACUACACCGCCGGCGGGACGUUCCAGGAUGCCCUGGCCGCGCAUCGAAACGCACGCGAGCUCGUGGGCGCCUCGAUCGACGUCGGCCCUGUCCGCUCCGUCGGCUUUGUCUCCGAGAGCAAAACAACAAUCGACUUCCUGCGCGGUCUGGGCUACAGCUUCCUCUCAGAGGCCGACGUGCUCCGGGUCGUGGAGCUUGCCGUGGUAAACCCCCACUGUGGACAGGUUAUUCUGGGGCUGAACACCGGCCCAGGUCCGCAGUGGACCAAGACCAGCAUGGGGUGGGACAUGCGUUUUGCACCGCUUCGGUACCGCGAGGCCGUCUCGGCGCAGACGCUGGCCUCCUCUGGGGACAGGGCGCUGGAGGAUCGAGACAUGGGUAGCAAGAUUGCCCAAGCAGCGAGCUUGGACGCUGCGGCCCAGGUCGUCGUCCGAGGGAUUCGCGAGAAGCUUGUCGAGAUAUUCACGAUGCCCGAGGCCGAGGUGGACGCCAGCAAGAGCCUCGCAUACUAUGGCGUUGACUCCCUGGUGGCCGUUGAGCUGAGAAAUAUCCUGGCUGUCCGCGCAGGCGCCGAGAUCUCCAUCUUUGAUAUCCUACACAACCCGUCACUCGAUGUCCUCGGCCGCCUGGUUGCGUCAAAAAGCCGUCAUCUGAAUGCAUCCCUGCGGCCCAGGGAUGGUUGA